CUACGAUUAUACGGUAUUUGGUGUUCUGCGGUCAGCAACUUGCAAAUGUAUCGGAGACUGCAGCGCCUCGGCGGGCGCGUGCGUGGGCGCGCGUGGAGCUCCAGCGCCAAGCCCGCGUCAACUGCAGGCACCAACAAUGCAGCACAGACUGGUGCCACUACUGUCGGCGCGUCCACCCGCUCCGCGACGCCCGGCACCGUGCGCGUGACCAAAGGGUUCGGCGCCGACAAGCACGAGGCGGAGCUGGACUCGACCAUCGCGCGCAUCAUCGGCUCGGACUGGGGCGACCGCUCGCACCAGCCCGUGUCGAUGGCCAUGCGUAUGUACUGGAUCAUCUUCGGUCUGGUGCUGGCCAACGGCGUGUUCACGUACGUGGCCGGCAAGGACGAGUCGUUCCUGGUGGAGAAGCUCAAGAAGAAGGCGGACGAGAAGCUGGGCGUCGAGGAAGAGGAGAACGAGUUCGAGGAGAUGGCGGGAGACCAGCAGCAGCACGAGGCCGCCAGUGCCGCACGUCGCCCCAAGACGAAGGCGGAACUGGAGCAGCAGUUGGCGCAGCUGAGGCUGCAGCAGGAGCGUCUGCAGAAGCAGAUUCGUAGCGGUGAAGGAGUCAUGAAGGAGGAGCUGGAGCACCAUGUGCGCAUGAUCGACGUGCAGAAGGACCAGGUCAAGCGCCACAUCAAAAGCUUGUAA